UGAUCUUUUUGCGUUUGCACUACCAUAAGAUCUCUUGUCAAGAAAGCUUUCUGUAUGAGUAUUUGAUGCAAAAAUGGUUGAGACAAAGAAAAUUUUAUGCUGUUUGUUAAUGGUUGUUAUCACAAUGUCAGCGAACAUUACUGCAAUAACAGGCUAUAGAAGAUUCAUGGUAUAUGAUGGAUUAUUUGAGAAGGUCAGAGUUAUUCCCAAUGAAAACACUCUUGAGGAUUUGAAGAUGUGGAAAGCAGCAGAGGAACGAGAAAGAAAAUCUGUUUUACAUUUUUGGGGUGUGCGAAUUUCACUAAGACGUAGAUUAUUACCUCCGCCACCUCCAAAACCAAAUCAGUCCAAAAGUGAAAGAGUGAAUGGAAAUUCAUCUACUUUUCCUGUUUUUCCUAGUUCUUCUCCAACUCCUGCUCCUUCCCCACUAUGCAUUAUGAGUGGAAAUUGACUCACCUUGCUUUUGGUUGGUCUGCCAUGAUGCAAAAGGAAAUAGCAUACUAUACAUUCUUAUGCUUGACGUAUGUAAAACGAACAUAGAAAAUCAAUAAAUAAAUGUCUUUAUCAUUUGCUUUUGCGGUUACAAA